AGACAGAGAAGUAUGGGCAUGGCCAAUGAGGUAACAAGUCACCCCUGCUGCGCUGACUUCUCGCCCAUGGAUGAAUCCAAAACUCCACCGUUAUUUCCCUUCAACAAAGAACCCUAUCGCCAUUGAAACGGCGCCAACAUAGCCAUCAAUUUCCGAUCCGACUGUCUACAUACACCGCUCAAAUCAACCCCCAUGCGUCAUUUCACUUUCUUCAAGGUUUCUAAUGCCUCAACAAAAUCCCUUUCACAUGCGCUCAAAGCGAAGAAUUCUCCCAAGCUUUUUUUUCCUCUCUCCCACCGCAAGCCCUCGAAGAAGAUACGAAUUCGUUCCUUUGUUUCACCUUUUGUGAUUUGAAAACUCGAGCUAUUUGGCAAUGGCGGCUGCUUCUGAGAAUGGAGUUUCCAAGGAACUGCAGCUUUCAAUGGCGGUUUCGUCUAUGUUUCCUGGUUUUCGCUUUUCGCCGACCGAUGAGGAGUUGAUUUCGUUUUAUCUCAAGAAGAAAUUAGAUGGCUACGAGAAGAGCGUUGAAAUCAUCGCGGAGGUCGAAAUUUACAAGUACGAACCCUGGGACUUACCUGCCAAGUCUAUAAUUCAAUCAGAUAAUGAAUGGUUCUUCUUCUCCCCUCGUGGAAAGAAGUACCCAAAUGGUAAUCAGACCAGGAGAGCUACUGAUUUAGGCUACUGGAAAGCUACAGGGAAAGAACGUAAUGUUAAGUCAGGUUCCAAUGUUAUUGGAACCAAGAGGACUCUGGUUUUCCAUACUGGCCGUGCACCCAAAGGGGAAAGAACAGAGUGGAUUAUGCAUGAAUAUAACAAGGAUAAAGCUCAGGAUUUUCUAGUUGUUUGCCGCCUCAGGAGGAAUAAUGAAUUUCGUCAACAUAGUAGCUCAAACCGAGCUUCUUGUAGUCAAAUGAAUCUAUCCUCUUUGCAAGCUCAUUCUGGCGAGCAGGUUGAUUCUACAUCUGAAUCCAAUCAAAAAGAUGCUGCAGAAGCUGCACUUGUGGAAUGCUCUGAUGGGCAGAAGGAUUAUGGUUCUGAUGAUUUCUACUCCGACAUACUAAAAGACGACAUUAUAAACCUCGACACGGCACCUUACAAUGCUGCUUCAGAUCUGAUGCCACUGGAUUUCCAUAGAUCAGACACAACGCGAGAAUCUCAGACUGAGGCGAACGACGGAUUGGAAUGGCUACCAAGCCAAGGGUUUGCAAAUAGGAGAAUCAGAUUGAAAAGGAGAGAAGCCACUAAAGCAAAGAAGUUGGACGCUGUGAAAAUUGGUGGUUCCAGAUAUAAGGUUGAGAAAGUAAGGUUUUCUUCCUUAGAACUAUGGCGAAGCAGGUUGAUGAACACUGCCUCUUCUAUUAGCAUUUUUGGUUGCUAUGUUCGAGUUGUUGUGAUAUCUUUUUUGUUGAUUUUGAUAGCUUUGUUUAUGUCUCGAUUGGAGGUCUUUGGUAUGCCCAAAGGGCUCUACUGAUCUGUGCUGAUAUGCCAACAAGAGGUUGUUUUAACCCUUUGAAG